UGGUAUUGUGUAGACGCCAUUUUAAGAGAAGCGUCUUGCAUAGGCGUUGCGGACGAAACCUCGUUGGAUAUUUUUUCGUUUGUACAAUUCGGAGAUUAAACCUGUCUGAACAGACGUUUGACCGAGAAAAAGCCAUUUCAGUGCUUUGAAAAUGGCCACGGGAGCGAAUGCGACUCCUCUUGGGAAGUUGCACCCCAGUAUCGGUGCUAAACGAGGAUUUGACGCCGGGCCUGGUGCGGGUAACGGGCUGAUGCCAACCCCGGGGCCGCCUGGAUCCUUUCCUUCGCUGCAAGGUUUUCAGCCUUCUAUUCCAAACGCCCCUUUUCCUCAGGCACAUCAGAUUAACCCAGGGACCGGUUUUUCAGCCCAGUUUCAACAGCAGGCAGGUGUGGGCUCCGGGAUGGCUAAAACUGAUUAUGGUCAGAAGAAACAAAGGAAGAAGAGUCGGUGGAACCCCGAGACCCCCGAUCAGAAGACUGUCAUACCGGGGAUGCCCACGGUCAUCCCUCCUGGACUCACCCGAGAUCAGGAGAGAGCAUAUAUAGUCCAACUGCAGAUUGAAGACCUGACUCGUAAACUGCGUACAGGAGACCUGGGAAUCCCUGUUAACCCUGAGGACAGGUCUCCCUCCCCAGAGCCCAUCUAUAACAGCGAGGGCAAAAGGCUGAACACCCGCGAGUAUCGCACACGAAAGAAGAUCGAGGAGGAGCGGCACUCCCUCAUCACGGAGAUGGUCGGCCUUAACCCCGACUUCAAGCCUCCUGCAGACUAUAAACCUCCAGCCACCAGAGUCAGCGACAAAGUUAUGAUCCCCCAAGAUGAAUACCCAGAAAUCAACUUUGUUGGUCUGCUGAUCGGGCCUCGUGGGAACACGCUAAAGAACAUCGAGAAGGAAUGCUGCGCUAAGAUCAUGAUUCGAGGCAAAGGCUCUGUGAAGGAAGGGAAAGUCGGCCGAAAGGACGGACAGAUGUUGCCGGGGGAAGAUGAACCUUUGCAUGCCCUGGUCACAGCCAACACCAUGGAGAACGUGAAGAAGGCCGUGGAGCAGAUUCGUAACAUCCUGAAGCAAGGCAUCGAGACGCCCGAGGAUCAGAACGACCUGAGGAAGAUGCAGCUGAGGGAGCUGGCCAGGCUGAACGGGACCCUGAGGGAGGACGACAACAGGAUCCUUCGUCCUUGGCAGAACUCCGAGCCUCGCAGCAUCACCAACACCACCCUCUGUACCAAAUGUGGUGGAGCCGGUCACAUCUCCUCCGACUGCAAGUACACCAGCACAUUCGCCGCCCACAGAGCGACGGGGGGAGAACCCCCCCAGUCGGCCCAGGACAAGGCCCGUAUGGACAAGGAGUACCUGUCCCUGAUGGCUGAGCUGGGCGAGGCCCCGGUCCCCACGUCUGGAGGACACUCCAGUACACAGGCAGGAGCGCCUCGAGCCUCUGGUCCCAACAACAACCAGCCCCCACCGAACCGCCCCCCCUGGAUGAGCUCCGGUCCCACAGAGAACAGGAACUUCCACAGCAUGCAUGGAGGGCCCACUGGACCUGGAGGACCCCAACACUUCCCUCCUCCCAUGCCCAACAUGGGGGGUCCACCAAUGCCCCCCAACCCCAACGGAAUGCCUCCACCCUGGAUGCAGCCCCCCCCUCCUCCAAUGGGACAGGGACCGGGACCUCAUGGCCACCCCAUGGACUUUAUGGACCGAACCCUAACAAACACUGGACCUAAAAUUACACAAAAUACACAAAGUCCAAGUCUGCUUCCUCCUCCCAUGAGCAUGAUGCCACCUCCACCACCUCCUCCCAGCAGCCAGCCUCCUCCUCCUUCUGGUCCCCUGCCGCCAUGGCAACAGCAGGCUCCACCACCACCUCCCACAAGCAGCAUGGCAACAAGUACACCACUGCCCUGGCAGCAGAAUACCACCACCACCUCCAGCCCAGGCUCCGGCUCCCUGCCUCCAUGGCAGCAACCCCAGCAGCCCGCGGCCUCUGCUGCUCAACCCCCCCUCCCCAUGGGAAAUCCCUCCAUGGUGCCGCCGCCCCCCGGAGUCCAGCCCCCGUUGCCACCUGGCGCCCCCCCUCCACCUCCCCCACCACCUCCGGGCUCGACAGGCAUGAUGUAUGCCCCUCCGCCUCCCCCGCCGCCCAUGGACCCUUCUAACUUUGUCACCAUGAUGGGGAUGGGGGUACCGGGCAUGCCCCCUUUCAGCAUGCCUCCUGCCCCCCCUCCUCCCCCACCACAGAAUUAAUCCAGCCACAGAAGAAGCAGACACCAACAGACUGUUCCCAGGAAACCAGUAUAACCAGUGCUUUACUUUUUACCACUGAUACUCGUUUGUUAGAUAAAAGUUGUAACUUUAUUAGUCUGUUUUUAAAGUCUGUACACACACUGAACUGUGUGUGCGUGUGCGUAUGUGUGUGAGCGUUAUCUGUAAACAGAAUAAAUCACUUCAGUUUCUGAUCAAUAAUCUGAUGGUUUUAAGCUGUUAGAGGUCAGCGUGCAUGAUCUUUUCAUUUCCCCGACUGGUUUCUGGUUUUUUGGCUUGAGGUGAAUAAGAUGAAUAUUUUUGUAAUACUAAGUGCUGUUUCUCAGUUCUGUAGCUCCACUUUUUAUUUCUUCUGUUCCAGGAGGAUGCUAGCGAGCCGCUAGCAUCUCUGAUGAUCCCGUUUUUUUUCUGCAUCUCUGUGCUCUGAUAACACGCUGUGUGCCGUGUUUGUGUUGCUUCUGCAGAAGACGUUAAAUCUGAGUUUAAGUUGUUAGUUUUUCUUUGUUCCUGGAACCGGUCUGUGUUGCACCGCUAGCCUGAAAAGCUGUUGAAAUCCUGCUUGGUUUAGUAAUAAACUGACCCGGUUCACCUCC